CUUAGUAGAAAAGAACUACCAUACGGAUCCUUUCACUCAAAUCCCACUUCGGUCUCCAUCAGUCUUCGAUUAUGAUUAAUAAUCGGUAGAGAGGAGGGAGUGCGAGAGGGAAAGAGAAGCGAAUGGAGAGUUCCUCCCCGUCGGUGCCGUUUCCGCUGCUUCAGACGCCAGUGGAGGCAAAUUACAGGGCUUGCACGAUCCCUUACCGCUUCCUGUCGGACAAUCCCCGAAAAGCGACGCCGAUCGAGAUCCAAUGGAUAGAUCUUUUCUUGAACUCCGUGCCAUCUUUCAGGCAGCGGGCUGAGAAUGAUCCUACAGUAAUUGAUGCACCAGAAAAAGCUGAAAAGUUUGCUCGGAGAUAUACUGAAAUUCUUGAAGACAUGAAGAAAGAUCCUGAGAGUCAUGGUGGGCCACCAGAUUGCAUUCUUCUCUGCAGGCUUCGUGAGCAAGCACUAAGAGAAUUGGGAUUUAGAGAUAUAUUUAAGAAAGUUAAGGAUGAGGAGAAUGCAAAAGCUAUAUCACUUUUUGAAGAUGUUGUAAGGAGGAAUGAUGCCAUUGAUGAGGGAAAUCGUGUUGAAAACUUGAUUCGGGGAGUACUGGCAGGAAAUAUAUUUGAUCUAGGCUCUGCGCAGGUAUGAGUUUUCCUUGAAAUGG